AUGGAGAACGAUCACAUGAUCCAGUCGAAGACGUCGUCACGAACUCGAAUCCCAACAGUCGGCCUGAAGGAAAUGAAUCCGGCUUCAACAAACGCCCGCUCGGGGCUCGUGCAACCCGGUACUAUCGCUGGCACGGUGACAAGUAAGACUUCAGGCCUGUCGCAACCGGGCCGUCCACGAAGCACAACCCAGUCCGCUGCAGCGCCUUCAACAUCCCGUAUCACCAGCAGCACAGUCAAGACGCACGGCCGUGCGAACACUUACAGCUCCAAUACCCUUGGCCGCUCCGCAUCUACUGUCUCAAGAACGAAAUCGACCGUCUCGUCUUCCGCCGGACCCACCGCACGACCGCACACGAGUAUGUCACGAUCACACACGGUUACCAAUUCCCGGAGACCAAUGGCCAAUGCCAUCCCCCGCGCAGCCACGGCAAUGGGCUCUCGUGAACAAGAGGACUCGGAGGGUACCAUACUUGGAAAACGUAAGGGUGGCGAUUGGGACCUGGAUCUCCGAGAAAGGCGAAUGUAUGACCUUGUGCGAAGCAUGGAAGAACGUGUCAGUCAACAGGGACAGUCGAGCACAGCGCUGAAAGAUGCAGUGGAUUUAUACAAGUCUAGAGUGAGUGAGCUAGAGGCAUCGUCAAAAGAACUCACAGAAACAAAUGUUACCCUGCGUAUCGAAAUGGGUUCGAUGGAAAAUCGACUUGCUGGUGCGGAGAAAGCACUCAAAGACGCACAGAGAGACCAUGAAAUGAUCGUCGACGACAUCAACGCACGCCGACGUAUGGAAUUGGAGACAGUACGAUUGGAAGGCAGAAGAGAAAUGGAGACAAUGCACUCGCGGCACCAAGAGGAAAUUCAGGAACUCAAGCGGCGCUUUGAUAACGAGAUGGAGGAAGAACGAGCUGCGCGGAUGCGCGAACUCAGUCAGAUCACUUCGCAAUCUGCACUUGACACACAGCGCACGCAUGCCGAGCUGGAGAAGAAGGAACGAGAUAUCGCCACCCUGCAACACGACAUACACGCCCUGAAGGCUGAUUUGGAGCGUGAACGCAAGGCCAACCGAGACCUGAGGCACAAUCUGGAUGCAGCCAGCACCAACACUGUAACUAUGGAGUCAUCCGUGCGUGCGUUGAAAGCCCGCAUCGAAUUUUUGGAGUCCGGUCGCGAAGAGCAGUCCCAGGCUUUUGAGCGUCUAAACCAACAAAUGAUGGACGCAUUGGCUGAAACGAAUGCCACAAAGGAAAAGCUCCGCAAGGAAGAGACGUUGAGAAGGAAACUUCACAACCAGGUACAAGAGCUCAAAGGCAAUAUUCGAGUCUUCUGCCGAGUCCGCCCCUCGCUGCCCUCGGAUCCUGUCAAUCAAGUCGCUCAGAUUCAGUUUCCGGAUGACGCCGAGGAUUGCAAAGAGAUAGCAGUGCUGGGCCCGGAGGAGAAGAGCAGCCUUGGAGCAAUCUCGAGGAAGAACAGCAACUUCUCAUUCGAUCGUGUAUUCGGGCCGUCUACCCAGAACGCGGAGGUCUUCGAUGAAAUCAGCCAGCUGGUGCAGAGUGCUCUAGAUGGAUACAAUGUGUGCAUCUUCUGCUACGGCCAGACCGGCAGUGGUAAAACCUAUACCAUGUCAUCUCUUGACGGUAUGAUUCCUCGGGCCGUGCAUCAGAUUUAUGAAACGGCCACUGGCCUCGAGGAGAAAGGCUGGAGGUACACGAUGGAAGGUAAUUUCGUGGAGGUGUACAACGAGAACCUCAACGACUUGCUGGGCAACCCCGACGACCUGGAUAGAAAGAAGCUCGAAAUCCGCCAUGAUAUGCAGAGGGGCAAGACCAUCAUAACCGAUGCUACCACUGUCCGCCUAGAAUCGCCUGAGAUGGUUGAGACCAUCCUCAAGAGGGCCGCCUCCAACCGCUCCGUUGCAGCAACCAAAGCCAACGAGAGGUCUUCUCGGUCUCACUCGGUCUUUAUUCUCAAGCUCAUCGGUGAGAACGAUAUUACGGGUGAGCGCAGCGAGGGCACUCUCAACCUCGUCGAUCUCGCUGGUAGUGAGCGCCUUAGCCACAGUGGUGCAACUGGCGAGCGGUUGCGCGAGACACAGAAUAUCAAUCGCAGUCUGAGCUGCUUGGGCGAUGUGAUCGCUGCUCUGGGACAGGGCAAGGAGGGUGGACAUAUUCCCUACCGCAACAGCAAGUUAACCUACCUCCUCCAAUUCUCCCUCGGCGGCAACUCGAAGACCCUGAUGUUCGUCAUGGUCAGCCCGCUGCAAGCCCACCUGUCCGAGACCUUGACCAGCCUCAAAUUCGCUACCAAAGUACAUAAUACGCACAUCGGGACGGCGAAGCGGCAGACGCGGAUUCGCGAGUGCUGA